GAUGCUGCGUCAGUUACUCUCAUAGUAAAUGAGAUACGCACGUUUGGCACUUCAGUGGCGCGAAUCAUGAUCUAGUUAUUUAACAAGCAUCUACUUUUAUUAUCCCUAACUACAAUCAAUUUUUUUAAUUUUCAAGUAUUUUUUCUCUCAGUCUUUAACAUUAUUUUCGGUACCACAUGACGCGGCAAAAUGAUAAUCCCAAUGAAAAGAUUCCGUUCGCGGAUAAUGACAAAGGCAUUCCCUUGCCUGAGGUGUGGUGCCAAGACUGUGACCUUUCUGUUUUGGGCGGCUCUUUACGUGGUUGUGAUGAAGAUGACGAUACUGAAAAGCAGUGGGACCACCACAACGAAGGAUUGGUCUGUACCUGACAACUACACCAAGUGGCUGUUGCAGGGCCCAGUUUUAGGCGAGGAGGAAGAAUUAGACUCGGCCAAUAAUGACUGGCUCGAACCAGACAACGCAACCGUAAUGGAACUAGAACAAAGAGUUGCUAAAGUGCAGGAAGUUUGUCAUUUACGCUCUCUUUCCACGCAGAGUAUUAACAGCAAGGAAUUCUUUGUAGAUCAUGCUCAUAAUAUUGUAUGGUGUAAUAUAUUUAAAGCCGCUAGUACUUCGUGGUUGUAUAAUUUUAAUAUAUUAGGCGGCUAUGACAAAAAGUUUUUGGCACGAACACGGCAUACACCCUUGAUGUUGGCACGAAAAAAAUAUCCAAGGCCUAGUGAAGAGGAACUAAAGGACGCUGUGAACACGCCAGGUGUUAUAUCCCUUUUGGUCGUACGCGAGCCCUUCGUGCGAUUACUCUCCGCUUACAGGGACAAGCUGGAAAAUAUAACACCACCAUACUACAGAAAACUUGCAAGAGCAAUAGUUGCAGCGCAUCGGGAGGCGGCAACGAAGGUUUUGGGACCAAUCAAAUCCUUUGGCCCGACGUUUUACGAAUUUGUAGCUUACUUAAUUGCAAAAUACGAGUCCGGAGAGAUUAGUUUCGAUGAGCACUGGGCGCCGUAUUACAAAUUUUGCACACCUUGUGCAGCAAAUUUUACCGUGAUCGCUAAAGUUGAAACUUUGUCGAGAGAUUCUGCGUUCGUCGUGCAACAAUUGGGGCUGGGGCAUAUAUUGGAGAGGAAAGUUAGAAAUCGAAGAAUGCGUCUUCGUACGGUGAUGAAUAAGUCUCGCGACGGGAAGAAUACCUCCGCUUUGUUGAAAUACUAUUUCGGACAGCUCGACGAGCAAAUGUUAGACAAAUUAUUACAAAUAUAUGGUAUAGAUUUUGAAAUGUUCGGCUAUAAAUCAGAUAUUUAUCGACGUUAUGUGAGAAAAUAAAUUAUAUUUGGUUAAUAAAUAAAUGGUGUUUUUUUUAAUACUUAUUUAUAUU